AUGUCAUCGCGAGCUCUGCGAAAGGUGCAGCAAGAGAAAGAAGCACAACUACGACUGCAGCAACUCGAGAAAGAGGCGCAAGACCUAGAAGAAGACGAUGAUAUAGAUGAUAUACGACCGACACAGACCAAGACGAGUGCAUUCGCAUUGCUUGGAGAGGACAAUGAUGAAAACGAGGAUGAAGACGAGGAUGAGUCAAUAGAAGACUCUGCGCAGACGAAGGACACACCUACACAACCGACACCAGCAUCACAGAGCAGCAAGAAGAAAAAGAAGAAAAAGAAAAAGGCAAAGACGGGAGGAAAUGCCACAGAGGGAACAGCGCAGGAUGAGGACAUAGAUGAGAUUGAUGCUGCGUUGAAAGAGCUGGCCACGGACAAUAAUGGAAACGCAGUCGCAGCGACAACUAGUGCAGGGGUCGACCCUGUCGUCGAGGAAGCGAAUCGGUUAUUGGCUGUCGACACGGUGCACCUCCAUGCCCAGAACGAGAUGAAACGUCUGUUCGGACGCGCAGCUUUGGAGCAGGACGAGGAUGAGCAACCGGUACCAGCUGCAGCCGGUGGAAAUCGUCGUCAACAACGCAUGGCUCAGCAGAUGGGGCUCGCGCAGGCUCUCCGUGGCGGAAGACAAGGCGGUGGUCGCGCAGGCGGGUUUUCGGCAGUGUCACUCCGUCGAAAUAUUUUCAUCCAAGGAAAGGAGGAGUGGCCCAUGGCCACCGGUGGAGGCUUGGGGAUGGAAGUCGAGGAGAAACGAGCCGACGGGACAGUGUUGUACAGAUAUGUGCACAACACGUCCUAUCAAAAUGUGCAAUCGCAGUUCAACAGCUGCGUGGCAACCAUGGACCCGAACAGCUUAGUCGCACUCCUCCGCGAGAACCCCUAUCACAUCUCAACACUUUUACAAGUUUCUGAAAUCGCCAAACAUGAAAGCGACCAUGCGACCUCGGGCGAUCUCCUGGAACGAGCACUUUUCUCCUUCGGACGGGCCGCUCACAGCACUUUCGCAAAGAAUCUCGCGGAAGGUAAAGCCAGAUUUGACUUCCGACGAGCCGAGAAUCGCGAGUUUUGGUUGGCGAGUUGGAGGUAUAUGCAGAACCUGACCAUGCGAGCUACAUGGCGGACUGUGUUCGAAUGGGGCAAACUUCUCAUAUCCCUCUCUCCCGAGGAAGAUCCGUAUGGGUUAUGGCUUGUCUUAGAUCAAUAUGCGCUCCGCUCACGGCAGGACCUCGACUACAUCAACAUCAGCCGCAACACGAAACUCGGUCAGGUACACGGCAAUCUCCCCAACGUCCAAUUCAGCCAAGCGCUCGCCGAGUACCGUUCCGGCGACAAACGUAAAGGUCGACAAGCCCUCUACACGACGAUCGGGAAAUUCCCCUGGGUCGUAGCAAGACUCCUGCAAGAAAUCAACCAAGACGCCCCGCCCGGCGUCUGGGGUUCCGAGCCACGGACCGACCACGAACGACUCCACAGCGAACUCUACGCGACCCGUGCCAAGGACCUGUGGAACACCCCGGAGACCUCCAGCCUACUGGUGGAGAUCUCCAGCGCCCUCUCCGACGCCGUCUCAUCCAGCCCGCCCGACGAGACGGAAAUCACCCUGCGCGAGGCCCGCCACGUCCUGCUCACCGACAACCCCCACCUCAUCGCCCUGAUCCCCCGCGCCCUCACCGAACAGAUGACCAGCGCCUCCGACGUCCUGCCUCCGCCCGACGGAAUCGAAUCCCACCUCACCAGCGACCCCGCGGCUGCGGCCGGCCCGCGCGGCGGCGCCCACAACCGCGCGGAGGUCGCGCGCAGCAUGCAGCAGAUCUUCCAGGACCUCAUGGCCGCGCCCGCGCCCGCCGCCGACGACGACGACGCCAACGCCGCCGCCGCCGUCGUGCCGGAGGACUUCCGGCGGGAAUUCGAGGCGCUCCAGCGAUCGGGCGGCGUUGCUGGGGACGAGGGAAAUGCCGAGGCCAUGUACGGCCUGUUCGAGCGGUUGAUGAAUACCCUGCGGGGAGGUUUCGGCGGGGGGCCGACGGGUGCGAGAGCGGGAGGUGUUGCGGCAGGAGAGGGAGAGGGAGAAGGGGAGGGAGAGGAGUGGGACGAUCUUGGGCUGGAGGGAGAUGCUGGGAGGAAUCCGAGACGUGCUCGGGUCGAGGACGCUGACGAUGAUGAUGAUGAUGGUGAUGAGGUAGAUGUUGACGAUGGGAAUGGGAAUGGGAGAAGACGGCCGUGA